AUCGAAUCAAAGAUUUCUUCUUUUAGACACUUCCUUUUCGUGAGCCAUUGAACUUGUUAGCCGGAGGCGCGCAAGUUGCAUGUCUUUCGUUAGGGUUCCAACCAUCAAAAUUUCCCCUUUGUUUUCUCUUUUCCCAUAAUCUUUUUAAUAAAUGAAUUUAUUUAUACACUUGUAACUCCUCAAGGAAUUUUUUAUUAGAGUUGCUUUCCGGAAUUUUAUGAGGUUUGUUGUGGUGGGACCAUGCCUUCUUCAGAUAAUCAAGGUUUCCCUAUAAAUUUUGCUUCAUUUCGUCAACCAAUUUUGAACAUUAGAAAGGAUCGGGUUCAUUCAGAAGCAAGUCACGAUUCUACGAUUCAGAACCUGGAAUCAUUUCAAAAACGAGUCUCUGCCCAGUUUCAUAUUCUUUCUGCUGUUGACCCGGAUGAAUUUCUCUCUGUUUCAUGGAUUCGAAAGCUGUUAGAUGCAUUUGCUAGCUGUCAGGAGAAUUUUAGACUGAUAUUGGGCAAUAACAAAUCACAGCUCUCAAAACCACCAGCUGAUAGGCUUGCUUGUGAAUUCUUUGACAGGGCUAUUAAGGCACUAGAUAUUUGCAAUGCAACUCGUGAUGGAAUAGAGAGAAUUCGACUGUGGCAGAAACAUUUGGAGAUCAUUGUAAGCGCUUUGGAUAGUGAACAAAGAACAAUAGGUGAAGGUCAGUUUCGUCGCGCAAGAAAAUCUUUGAUGGAGUUGGCCCUUUUGAUGCUAGACGAGAAAGAUACCGGGUCUAUGUUUUCAUACCGCAAUCGGUCUUUUGCACACAAGGGCAAGGAUCACAGCUGUCGUUCAUCAGGUCACUCACGAUCCCAAUCAUGGAGUGUAUCUCCUUCUUGGUCAGCAUCCAAGCAGAUCCAAUCAAUCGCAAACAACUUGGUUCCUCCCCGUGCCAAUGAAAUUGCAGCCACUAACGGUCUAGCGGUUCUUGUCUUUACAAUGAGCUUUGUUCUCCUGUUUGUUUUAUGGGCUCUCGUUGCAGCAAUACCGUGUCAAGAUCGAACUGUGCCGAUUAAUUUUGCAAUCCCACGUAAUUUCGCGUGGAGUGCACCAUUGUUAUCACUUCAUGGUCGGAUUUUGGAGGAAUCCAAGAAGCGAGACCGCCGAAAUUCCAGUGGAUUGUUGAAGGAAAUAUAUCAAAUCGAAAAGUCGGUACAUCAGCUAACAGAUUUGGUGGAUUCUACUCGGUUCCCACUUACAGGGGAACACAAGGAAGUGAUGAGAGUGAGCGUUCAUGAAUUAUCAUUGGUAUGUGAAGUUUGUAAGACUGGACUGGAUCCACUAGAGCGCCAUUUAAAGGAAGUUUUCCGAAAAGUUAUGAGUGUCCGGACCGAGGGUCUUGAGUUCUUAGGCAAGGCUACAGAACGUUAGUUACUGAUAUUGAACUAUGCUGAUCAGAAGUGAAAGAUUCCAAUUUAUCAUCAUUCUAAUUUUUUCUAGCCUAAUUUAAGAAAAGAAGAGAGUGUCGCUGAAGAUGAAGGAUUUUAGCAGGUAGCUCUUUUGUAUUUAUAGAUAUACCUACUGUAGAAAAAACACGCUGUUAAUAUCUCUAAUCAUCCUGUUUCAAGACUUCACCACGAGCUUGACGCCUUCAUCAAAAUUUAAUCUUUCUAUCUUUUCUGGUCAUACAUGUACAAUGAACAUAAUCUUUUGUUGAUUUGCUUCCCCACAAUGAUAUUGACUCAAACAAGACUUAUCUCUUAUUUGCAGCGGCCCUGUGGAAUAGCCU